AUGAAUAACUUUUUUUUUUCAAUAAUAUGUAUACUAUUUAUUACUUACUUGUGUAAAGGAAUCAUCAAUAAUUAUCCAUCUAAUAAUAAAAUAUUUUUAAAAUAUAAAGGCUCGUAUUGUUUAUACCCUGAGAAUAUUAUUGAAAAUAAUAAAUUUGAAAUAUCAUCAGACAGUUGUGAUAAAGUAGCUCAUGAAAAUGAGUUGAUUCUUCAUGUUGUUCUUUCUUUCCUUUUCAAGGGAAAAAUCACUUGGUUAUCCUUUAACGACGGAAGAAUACGCACUCAGAACGGAUUGUGCCUAAAAACUUAUAAAAAUAUUUUAGUAGUAUCAACAUGCUCUCCUAAUCAAGAUGAAAAAUCUGAAAUAUGGAAAAUAGACAAAGAACAACAAUUGAAAAAUGAGAGCAAUAAAUGCGCCCAAGUAGCUGGGAAUAAGUUGUUUUCUUUUACUUGUAAUUCCCUAUCUUCUACUGGAUUUGAAAUAAUACCUUCUACCCCAGAUGAAUUGAAUUUAAUGAAAAUAAGAUAUGCUCAAAAAAAAUUACAAAAUGUGAAUACAGAAUAUUUAGAAAAACUUCAUAAAAAAUCAAAUAUAUUAAUUAGUAGCUACAAUCAAUUAGAAAAAGAAAUAGAUUACAUUUUAAAAACAGAUAAAGAAAUGAAAAUAGAAAAGGAAAAAAUCAUAAAUUUAAUGAAUGAUGUAAAAUCAAUAGUAAAUACCGCUUCUUCAUUAAAAGAUUAUGGAACAGGGGCUCUAAUGAAAAUAUAUGAUAGUAUUGAUGUAAAUUACAAAAAAAGUUUAUUGAGAGUACCACUGGAAAAAUUGCAAGUAAACGAGGAAAUUUUAAGUGAGUUAGGAAUUGAAAAGGGAGAAAUAAAAAUUAUAAUUCAGAGUUUUUUGAAUGUCUCAGAUAGUAAUAAUUAUAUUUUUGUAGCAAAAAAUAUAACAGGAAAUCUUAUUGUCAAAUUAGAUAAUAAAGAAAUUAUUGCAAACAUAGAUAAGCAAACUAAUACAACUAUAAGUAGCCCACUUGUGUUCUUACCAAAAAAUAAAAUAGUACCUAUAUAUAUUGAAAUAUCAUCAUCAAAAGAAGGAAAAAAUUACUACAAACCAUCUUUUACUUUGUACUGGAGUAGUAAAAAUCUUCCUGAACAAAUAAUAAAUUCUUUAUAUUUAUAUACCACCACAUACGAAAAAGUGUGCUACACACCAUUGCAAAAAAAGAUAUACUGUUCAGAGACAUUCGAAGCUCUGCCGAAGAAAAAUCAGGAGUUUCAGUUCUUAUGUCCUUCUGGCUGUUUCGAUAGAGGGGAAUAUCCCAAACAUAAGGAGAAAAAAAAUAUGACAACGGAAACAGCAGCAGAAAAUGCUAAAGUGCAAACAACAGAAGUGGACACAGCAGAAGCCGAAAAAACAGAUGCUGAAAAGGAGGAAAUGGAAAGAACAAACGCGGGAAUUAACUGUUAUGAAUUGAAAUCUAGCAUGUGCGCAUCGGCGGUUAAAGCUAAUUUCCUCCCCAUGGAGAGUGAAGGUAUCAUAAAGGUAAUGGUGAAAAGCGUUAGAAACAAAGAAGGAAAAUACGAACAUUGUGGUGUUCUGAUACCAACUAAUAUUCAUGAUAACACGUUCAAAGGAAUAACAGAUAUCAAACUAGUGGAUAUGGAUGACUUCUUCCUUAACUUUGAUAAAAAUCGUGAAUUAUACAAAGGGUACAAAGGAAUUGUAACUGAUGAUAGACACUCAUUGUUAACAAAAACAGAUUUAUCUAAAAGAUACAUUUCUGAUGUUGAUAUAAAUUGUAACAAUAAUUUAAAAGAUAAUUAUGAAUUUGGUUCAGGUUCCUUCGUAGUAAAACGUAUAAAAUCAUCCGAAUUAAUAAAUAGUGAAAAAAGCAUAGUUGUAGAUAUGUUUUCAUUAUUUGAGAAAUAUAGUAGUGACGAAAAUAAAUUACCUAUAUAUAUACCAGGAUGGACUAAAAAAACAUGUAACAAUAUUCAAUUAUAUAUUAAAUACGGAAAACCAAAUGAUAUAAUGAAAUAUCCAUCUAGGCUUUUAUCAUGCGACGAUACAUUUGAAAAUAUCAAUUUUAAUGAGGACGAAAUGAUAGUUGGUCGAUGUUUACCUUCUUGUAUUAAUGAUAAGGAAGUUUACGGUUCUUUUAUCUAUGCUCCAAUAUCACCCAUAUGCAAAUCUGCAAUACAUUCUGGUAUUAUAACUAAUAAAGGGGGGUUAAUAGAAAUAAGGAAACUUAAGAAUAUUACUCAAUCGUUUAAUAGUACCAUAAGUAUAACACGAAAUAAUAUUAAAGCUACAAUAACGGAUAUGAAGAAUAAAGAUUCCUACUAUAUAACAAAACCUAACGGAGUCAUUUGUAAUUUUCCAACAACUUCAUACAAUACAAAUGAAUCGUUAAACUCUGAUAAUUACAAUCAGGGAGAUGAUUUAUUUCCUUCUUUCAUCCAAUUGAACUCAUAUAUUCUUGACAAUCCCCCUGUUACUUUAGUACAUGAAAAACAUGCAGUCUUACAAAACCAGUUACUUAAUAUGCAUAAUAUAUAUAACACAAAAAAUUAUAAAGAAAAAAUGUUUGCAAAUCGGAAGCAGAAACAGGAAGUAGGGCAAAUAACCUCCAAUACGUUCGAGGAUCAAACAUUAAAAAGCGAAUUUUUCACAUUUAAGGAAAAUUAUGAAAAGGAAAAAGAACACUUCCAAAAUUUGGCAAAGAAACAUCAAAGUAUUUUUUCCAAUUUAUUUAUGAAAAAAAAAUUUAUAAAUGGUUUUAAUAAAACAUUAGCAGGGGUGAGAUCUGAACAGAUUGAUUAUCAGUCAUUCCUCAAAAAAGAAGAAUCUAUUAUUGCAUCUUUAGUAAAACAAUUUCAUAUAAUUACAAACAAGAAGAAAUUUCUCAUAGAAAGACUAGAAAAAUCUUUAGCAAAUGUUAAAGCAGUAACUGUCCAAACGUUUACAGAAAAAUAUAAUUCAACAAAUAUUAAUGAUAAUUAUAUAGUAACAGAUAGUAAUAAUGCGAUAUAUUCAUCAAAUUGGACAUCCAAAUGGAACAUUGAAAAAUACACAAACGGAAAUCUCUUUUCAUCCAUAACUAAUGAUAGUUUGAUAUCAUCAAAUGAGGACCUGUAUGGCUCUUACAUACUUUAUAGAUACACAAAACUCUACAAAGGCUUUAUUUCAUUAGACGUAAAAUUACCGUACGAAGGAGAUGUUGGUAUCAUUUUUAAAUAUAAAGAUUAUAAUAAUUACUCAAAUUUUAUAAUAAAUAAAAACGAAUUCUAUUUUAUUCAAGUUCUUGAUGGAAAAAUAGGUAAAAAAGUUAAUUCGAAAGUAAUUCAUAACUCAUCAUAUCAGCUAGCCAAUUGGACAAAAAUUUUUAUUGAAUUCGGUUAUAAAAAUAUUAGGGCUUAUAUAAAUGGAAAAUAUGCCUUAGGAUAUGAAUUAAAAAAUGAUACAUUGGGCUUGUUAGGUUUUGGCGUAAAUAAAUGUAAAGAGAAAGUAUUUAUUGACAAAAUUGUUAUAGGUUCUCUUGACCAGGCUAAGUAUUACAAAAUAGGAAACUACAAAGAAAUUAGCACAAAUAGUCAAUACAACACUGAGAAGGAGAAAAAGGCACUCGAAAUGGAUAUAGAAAAAAGUGGAAAAAGCGAAAACAACGAACGCAGAAAGAUCGAAAGAAAAAAUAUAGAUGAACCAAAUCAAAAAGUAUGCAGAGAAUUCGAGGAAGAGUUUAACGUUCCACUAGAUACUAAUUGGAUAGUACCUUCGAAUUCUUUUUGGAAAAUUCAUGGGGGUUUUAACUUGAGCUCUAUUUGGGGUGCUAAUAAUGGAAAGAGUACGGAAAAUAGUGAAAAUGGAGAAGGCAAUUUAGUUAUUCCCUCAAUUAUACUUCUGAAGAAACAGAACAUAUGUGCUGACAUGAAAUCCUUCACAUUUCAGUCUUCCAUUAAUUUAAAAAAGUUAUCAAAAUGUGGAAUAAUUUUUAGAGUUAUAAGAACAGACGACUUCCUAUCAGUUAUACUGGAUACAACCGAAAUGACAGGAAAAUUGUAUCUUCUCAAAAUUACAAAAGGUAUUCCGUAUCAAUUAAAUACACCCACACAUAUACCUAUUAACCCCAACACAUGGUAUAAUUUAAAGGUAUCAUAUAAUGGCUCUAGUGUCAGCAUAACGUUAAAUGAUGAAAUGAUUUUAAACUCAACGUUUAACGAACAUCUUAAUGACUAG